AUGGCUAGAAACUAUGGUUUCCUUGUCUGCAUUGUUGUCAUUGUCAUGGAUGUUGUUGCUGGCAUACUUGGAAUUCAAGCAGAAAUAGCUCAAAAUAAGGUGAAGGAUUUGAAGAUUUGGGUGCUUGUUUGUAGGGAUCCAAGCUAUCAAGCUUUCAAGCUAGGGCUUAGUGCUUCCAUUCUAUUGGCCUUGGCUCAUGCAACUGCACACUUCCUUGGUGGUUGCGUUUGCACAAAGUCUAUAGAAGAAUACAAAAGAGCCACAUCCAAUAGACAAUUAGCAAUGACUUUCCUCGUCCUCUCGUGGAUAGUAUUAGGAGUUGCAUUCUCCAUGCUGAUCAUAGGCACAUUAGCCAACUCAAGAUCGAGAGAGUCGUGUGGGAUAUCAAAUCAUCGAUUUUUAUCCAUUGGAGGGAUUUUAUGUUUCAUUCACGGAUUGUUUACUGUUGCCUAUUAUGUUUCAGCGACAGCCACAAGAAGAGAAGAGUGCAAGUGA